GCAAAGGGAAAGGGGAAAAAUGUUAAUAGCCACUUACGCGCGAGACUGGAUUACCUGCACAAAGCCGCCGCCUAUCUCCACUCCACAACGAUAGCCUCUAAACAGCAGCAGACCCAGCAGAGCAACACUGAAAACAAUGCUAGUGAUGAAAAGCGCGAGGUUGAAACCGGCUCAACCCGGACCGUGCCGCAAAUCUUGAGCCCUGGUGCUACUGCUGUUGCUGUUGAAAAGGCAUCCGGUAGCGUCAACCAAAAACAGGAGCCGACCCUUGAGCGUCUACCCAAUCUAUCCAGAGCUUAUAUCUCACAGCUCCGCGGAAUAUCAUUGAAGACACAGCUUCGGCUACCUCAGGAAGUGAAGCGGUCAUUCUGCAAGCGGUGUGAUACUUUACUUGUGCCUGGGGUCAGCUGCAUGCAAGAGAUCAGGAACACGAGUCGCGAAGGCAAGAAACCAUGGGCUGAUGUUCGGGUCGUGCGUUGCACAACAUGUGGUACAGAGAAACGAUAUCCUCAGGCGGAAAAGCGGAGCAAGAAGCUUGCCGAACGGAAGAAAGAAAAGGAACAGAAGGAA